CGAACGCUCGGGGAACAUGGCGGCGUGCCGGUGGCUGAGGCAGUGCCGGAGAUGGAGCGCGAACUGCACCAGCACGGGUCUGUUGGACACCUCGAGGCACUUUAACGGCCGCUCCGGGCCGCCGCCCUCCGCGUCCUCUGCCGGGCGGACGUCGUGGAGCCCCGGGCCGGGCAGCGAGGGGCAGCUAUCGGCGCAACCUACACACCUAAAAACCUUUAACCCUCCCACCUCUCUACCCGGGCACACUUCACGGCUGCUGACACCGACACUACAGUGUUGCCGUCGCCGACAUCACCUACACACCGACGUGAAGCUGAAGGACCCGUACACAUUAGCAGAGAAAGAUUUAACAAAUUUAUAUGAUGACAUCAGAAAGGAGCUAUUUGUAUCCAAAGAGGAGCUGAAGUCGCUAUGCGACUACUACUUCGAUGGAAAGGGCAAAGCCAUCCGACCGAUGAUCGUCAUCCUCAUGGCUCGGGCCCUGAACGCGCACAGCAACAGAUCCGGAGAUUUGCUCCCGGGGCAGCGGACCAUCGCGAUGAUCGCAGAGAUGAUCCACACGGCCAGCCUGGUGCACGACGACGUGAUCGACGGGUCGGGUCAACGGCGGGGAAAGAGAACCAUCAACGAGUUGUGGGGGGAAAAGAAGGCGAUCUUGGCUGGAGAUUUCAUCCUGUCGACCGCCUCCAUGGCGAUGGCUCGUAUCGGGGACAACGACGUUGUGAAAGUGAUGUCGCAGGUGAUGGAGGAUCUGGUGCGAGGCGAGUUCAUGCAGCUGGGCUCCAAGGAGAACGCGAACGAGCGCUUCAAGCACUACCUGGAGAAGACCUUCAAGAAGACGGCCAGCCUCAUCGCCAACAGCUGCAAAGCAGUGUGCGUUCAGGUGAGUUCUGACCCGGAUGUUCAUGAAAUCGCCUACAAGUACGGGGAGAACAUCGGCAUCGCGUUUCAGCUGGUGGACGACGUCUUGGACUUCACGUCCGGAGUGAGCCACCUGGGGAAGCCCUCGGCCGCCGACCUCAAACUGGGCUUGGCCACCGGGCCGGUCCUGUUCGCGUGCCAGCAGUUUCCCGAGCUCCACGCGAUGAUCAUGAGACGCUUCAGCUCCAAAGGAGACAUCGACCGAGCCUGGCAGUUCGUCCUCCAGCUGAGCUCCUCGAAAUGCUCCAACGCCCCCGGCGGCGUGCGUUUAGCUGCGGAGGAGAUGAAGAUCUUAAAUGAAGAUUAUAACGACCUCCUCCUCCUCCUCCUCCAGAGCGACGGCGUGCAGCAGACCAAAUUCCUGGCGCGCCGCUACUGCGACGAGGCCGUCAGGCAGAUCAGCAUGCUGAGGCCGUCGGCCGAGAGAGACGCCCUCAUCCGGGUCACGGAGAUGGUGCUGACCAGAGACAAGUGACCCUCCUCUCUGCCGGGCUGCACUUCCGCCCCGCUACCUGCGGGGGGGGGGGGGGGGGGGGCAGAGCCACCACUCACCUUGAACUCUCACGUUUGCGCUGACCGGAGUCGGACGAAAACGUUGCUUUAAAGUAAAAACCCACGAGUUUGGUUCGGAAAGGACUCCUGGUGCUGGUGUGCUACACACCAUGAAUAUAAAUAUAUAUAUUUAAAUAAACGUGUUUUUGUGCAAACAUGUUCAGAUUCCCUGACUGGCAACACACUGAUAAUUUGAAGGAGAAAAAAAAAAAAGGAAAUAUGAACUUUUUAAACGAUUGGAUAUCGCUGAAAACUCAUCAAUCCAGAUGUUCACGUCAUUCACUGGUCGUCUCGCGCUGGCUGUGUGCCAAGCGGACGAUGUCGUCAUUUCACGAUUCGUCCGCACCUCAGACCAGAAGGUCAUGGGUCUGUUUUGAUCUUGUUAUUUAUUGCCAAGUUCAAGCUAUUAAGGCCUUAAACAUCUUCAUUACUGUGUGAUCAAUAAACUGACAAUUAUGCUAUUUGUUUAA